AGUUCAUUUUCCUCCUUUGCGACCAACUGGAGCUCCACCCGUUCACCAGAUAUCAGGCAGUGGAGAUCCUGGAAAGGUUCAUGAUCCGAUACAUCGAAAAGCUCCGUUCGUCCCCGCAGCGAGAUUCCGACAAAAGAAAAUUGGAACAGUGCGGUUGGGGUUUGUUGCAGGUCAAAAUGCGCGAUCAUUUCAUUCUGCGGAUCAUGUCUUGCGUUCAGAUAGCGAGCAAGCUCUCGUUCCAUUAUCAGAUUGUCAAUAAUGCUAUCGCCCUGAAGUUCCUGCAGUCUCUGGGUUAUUCCUAUAAAAAGGAAGAUAUUCUCAACUCGGAGCUUCUCAUCCUCAAGACGCUGAGCUUUGAAGUGAACAUUCCCUCGCCCUUCACUCACACCGAGACCUUGCUGGAAGUCAUGGGGUACAAUGAUCCAUCUGUCCCAGUGAAAUACCUGCACAGUAUCUCCUUGACAGUGCUGAAAUAUGUUUACCUCACGAGAAACACCAUCUACGAAAACCUACUAAAGAUUGCCAUCGAGAAUUCCUCCCCCAGCGAUCUCCAAAAAGCCAAAUUUGUGUCUGUAAAAGAAGACUGUAUGCUUCUCGCUGUUGGUGUCAUUGGAGCAAGCGCAUUCAUACUGAACUACACACCUUGGGACAAGGUCAUGGAGCAGUUGGCCUCCAUUAGUGGGGUGACCGAAGAGAGCAUCUCUGAGUUUUCUCAAGUUAUAUUAAGGCAGAUACUCGCAGGAGCGAGCUACGCACAAUAACUUCCACCACAAGUUUGCUGGAGGCGUAACCAGGAUUGUAGUGAUCUAACAGAUACCAAUCUACAGCACUUAAGACUACCUCGCUGGGCAUAUUUACUGUAGUGUUUAAACAACUAAGUAAAACAAAAUUGUAUCCUAUUGUACAUAGAUAUGAUAUCCCGCUACUUAAGUCACGUCCACUUAAUUACUAUAAAAAUACUCGUUAUUAAAACAUUGCAAUUC